CGCAUAACAAGAGUCCUAAAGUGGACCCCUGCGCAGUCGAUCUUUCCUUCCAUUUUUUGGUUCGUCUCGUGCGACGAUUACCUGGUCAUCAAGUCCUUGCAGACCUACUUACAAUCACCUCAUACCUCUAUCAUUUGGUUUCUUUGACCAAUCCCGCUAAGGGCAUAGUAGGUUGUACAGUUUGUAAUCCUACUGGAGUACUAGGCGUUGCUACCCUCCGGGAGCACCAUGUGCAAAGGUGCCUUGCUUGCCGAAGACAGUCGCGUCAUGAAGUCCUGGAGGCGCCCGUUCACGGAGGGUGUCCUCACAGAGGAGGAGCUGCAGCAGUACUGGGAUGAGGGAUUCGUCGUCAAGAAGGACCUUCUGUCCAAGGAGCAACUCGAUGCAGUCAAGAAUGCUAUCAACAGAUCCGUGGACAAGGUGGCGGAGCUGCUCCACAAGGCGGGCAAGAUCCAGGACCUCUGCGAGGACGCAGACUUCUUCACGCGUCUGACAAAGCUGGAGGCGCAGUUUCCCAGCGCCAGCGUGCUCGUGCACAAGCAGGGCAUUCUGCCCCCAGAGAUCGCCACCCUGUGGAGCUCUCCUGCCCUUAUGAGCGCUGCCAAGCAGUUCCUCGGAGGGGAUGUGGCGGGACACCCUGUCUGGAAUCUGCGCGCCAAGACACCUCAGCAGGAGCAGGCGACUGUUCCUUGGCACCAGGACAACGGGUACCUGCACCCGGAGAGCUGGGAGGUAUUGCAGGUGACAGCCUGGAUCCCCAUGCUGACAGCAACGCCGCGCAACGGAUGCAUGCAGGUCAUCCGCGGGGGGCACCGCGCCGGCAAGACCGUGAAGCACAGCUGCUGCGUCGGCGGCACCUGGUAUGUGCAGAUGGAUGAGGAGGAUGCUGAGCGCGAGCUGGGCGUUGACAUGGCGGCUGACGUGGUCACAUGCGAGGUGCCCUUCGGCAGCGUCCUCUUCCUCAACAACCUCAUCCCCCACCGGUCUCUGGACAACAUGAGCGACCAGAUCAGGUGGUCUCUGGAUCUGCGUUGGCAGCGGCCAGGCCUGCCCAACGGCUUCUACGGGCUGAAGGACUGCAUAACAAUGGCCAAAUCAGGCGAGCCAGGGUACGCCCCCGACUGGACGGACUGGGGCAGCCAAGACAGGACGCCCAUGCAGAAGGCCGCCAUCAGCGCUGACAAGAUUGCUGAGGUCACCGCUGCCGCUGACGUGGCGCAAGCUGACAAGGAGUUGGACACAACCAUCAGCGGUCCCUGGAUGGACAGAUGGGAGCUCGUGCACCACAACAGACAUGUCGCAGCACACCUGGCAGCCAACGCAGCAGGCACCCAGCAGUGGACCUUUGCCUGAUUCAGGCUGAGCGAUGCUCUUCAAGCACUCAAGAUUCUCCUACGAUCUUGUUGACCGAAGCGCACAGCGCACAUAUAGGAUGUCUAUUUUGUCCAAUGCACUCUAUGUACACCGCAAGGCAGCCCUUUCUCCUCUUUUGGCGCCCGCAGUGCCUUCAUGUCUCGAAAUUUCCCUUCUCUUGAUAUAGGAUGGGAGGUUUACAUCUCCCAUGCAUGGCAGGUUGAGUUUCAACUGCACCACGUGUAUAACAUGUAUGGCAGACGCACUAUCAAACGAUGCAGGUCAAAGAAGUGUUAUGCAGACUCGCUUGCAGUACGCAAUGUGGCUGUCACUAAUUAAUGACAAUAUAACGUUGUGAGGUACAGGAAUGCAGUCAGACCACCACUGUGUCAAGACUCGUGAUCCUCUGGACCGUUGAACUCCAAGGUGAAUAUAAUAGCAUGGUGCACUUUUUGUUCGCGCUUAGCAAACUUUGUGCUCAGAGAGCACACAUGUAAACGGCUCUUAUGAAGGCAUGUUGUGCUUGUUGAGCGUGCUAGCGGUGUAUUAGUUAGCUAACGGAAUACACAUUUUGUUGUGGUGGAGAGGCUGGCUUAGUUGUCUUACUCGCAGGCCUCAAUGUGUUUGGAAUAACUUGAUCUUGGCAUUCCAGAUUUUUAAGUUUCAGUACACUGUACCGCUACACUCUUGAUGCAUGUUAGACUCAGGUCCAGAGUAGCUUGUAAUAGUUUAAUGCGGUCGAUGCUCCACCACUAAGGCCGACACUAGUGCCGGCCAUGCCGCUGCAUCAAAUGAUCACUCAUGAGCAGCGGGCAACUGUCGUUCUAGCCUGGCUUGUCAGAUUCCCUUACAAUUCUUAGGAGUGUGUAAGUCAAGUUGCUAAUAUC